AUGGUCCCGCCGUUAAUUAAAGAAUUUGUCUAUAGGAUAGUCCUUCCUUCAGCUCUUCUUUCAGGUUUUGUUAUGAAACUGAAGAUUCUGUCCGUAUGAUCUUCUUUUCAGCUGCCGUAAUCCGACCGUCGUUCAUUUCCAUAGGAUAUGUCAUCUUGGGAUUGUUCAGCGCUCUCGUUCCGUCGAUCAGUGCUCAGUUUCCCACUCCUAGUUGGUUCCUUUUUUCUCAGCUCUUCUUACUUCCUAUUUUUCAGGACGACUACAAGCAUAUUUAAUAUUCACCGUGUUUUAUACCGCUGUUUGUUUAAUCUGUCAAAUUGUCUACCAGGUUUGAAAGGAGGUUUUUCAUUGAAAAAGGGAAAGAUUUAGAUAUACGAAGCUGUACAUCGGAAACAUGAAAUCGAUUACGCAGCUUCGUGUAAUUCAACUGGAUUUGAGCUCUUACGAAGUUUUGGAUUCAUCAGGUAUAUUUUAAAGAAAUUUUCAUGUUUUUUUUCCAUCUGCGAGCAUUCGGUUAAAAAAUCUGCGGACAUUUUGAUCUUUUCCAUGUUAUAUUGUGUUAUUCAAGACUUUCUAUAAGGAGGAAGUCAUAGAAAAGUUACAGAAAUAGAAAAAUAACAUCAAAGAAAUAUAGAGAUGGAUUUAUGUUAAUAUUCUGAAUAAGUGUAUUUUUAAGCUUCUAUGCAAUAUGAGUUUUUUUCAAAAAGUUUAAAAAAAGUGGGAACAAGUGAAUGCGGCAGAAAAGUAUAAAUGAAAAAGUAAAUAAGAAAUUAUUUUCGCGGAGUUUGGAAACUUUCUGAAGUAAGAGUAAAUACAAACACCUUUUGAAGACUCUAAAAAAUUGUAACGAUUGCUUCAGAUUCCACGCGAACAGUGGCUUCGAGUCUUCGAGAUCGAUCUUUCCUGAGAUCCUGACGUUCCCGAUCGCAGCCUUCACAACUGGCGUCGUCUGUUUUUUGUCGCAUCGCGAAGAAGAAAUCGACGUCGUCGGAACCGUCCAGACUGUUCGCUCGAAUCAGGCGACGUUUGCUCUGCAGCUGAAUACUCAAAGAAGAAGUUCAUUUUCAGGCCAACUCGACCGGCGGCUGGCAAGGGACCCGUGGCGAAGGCCUUCAUCAGCGCCUUUAAAAGGCUCUCGAACUUUUCCAUCAUUCUCUUCGCCGCCAUUGUUGGAUGUAUUCAGGUACAAUAUUCUUUUUAUGAAAGAUCUAAUAAUUAAUCUGAUAUCAUGGAAGGACUUUUAAGUGUGGCUUGAGUUAUUAGAUUUUUUUUUUCAAAUCAAAACUGAAAAAUUGCCGCGUGAGUGUAAGUAAUGCUUAUAUUUGUUUUUUUAAAAAGUUCACUAUUUUCUAAAGACUUCUUUAUUCUGCCUAAGCGAUACAAAAAUCUUGCCUUCGAAAGUUUCGAGAGUUUAAUUUUUGUUAAAAAAAAUGUUUCGAGAAAGUUAAUUUUUAUUUUUGUAGCCAUCAUCCGUCUAAGAAUCUCAAAAAAUUUUGAUGAAGAGAAAUUCGGAAUCAGCGUCAAAAACUGCAUCUAGUAGUCUUAUUUAAAAGUUCUACUUCGAGUUAAAAUCAUUUCCUAAUUAGAAAAAGAUAAUUGUUAAUUAUUUUCUUUUAACUGUCAUUUUUCCAACUUAGAUACUUUUUCCAAUCCUUCAUUUUAAAGCCUUCGCUUCUCAACUUUCUCUACUUUUUCGCCUUUCUGUUCGUGACGACCUGGUGGGCUUCGUAUAAGCCGCUCAGGUACCGGAACUUCAACUUCAUCAAAAAGGUUUUAUCUUUUGAAAGAAAUUUUUUAUUUCUGACUCUUCAGAUCCUCAUUCUCUAUGCGAUCUUUCACUUGACGGUCGUCUAUGCCUACCAAAUUCCUCUCGUUCAUCAGUCCUGGAUUCCGGCCAAAAGUUUAGUGGCGAGGUACUCUUUUUUUCAAAUUUCUACUCAAACUUGAUAUCCAACUUAUUCUAAAGUUUAAAUUGCCUUACUGCUCUCCAAAAAAAUUCUGAUUUUUAGAAUUUUUUUCAAUCAUUUCAUUGAAUAAUUAACAAGGCUAGUUGAAAACUUUCAAUUAUUAUCUACACAAAGAUUCACAAACAAGUUUCAAAUUUUCAAUUAUUUUUUUGAGAGCGGAAAUUAUUCUAUAAUGUGAAAUUUUUUUCGUUUGUUCGGAGGGUGUAAAUUUCAGUUUUUUUAUUUAAAAACAUUGAGUUGAAAAAUAAUCAGCUUCUGUAUUACAUUUUCCAUUCUUUUCAUAAUUCACCCAAACUAUUUCUCAGACUGGUUGGCUUAUCUGUGCUGAUGGAUUCUUCAUGUCCGGACUGGUGGAAAUUUCCCUUUGUUCCUGUCGACAACGACGAUUCCGCUGUCAACACCUGGCCCAAGUACGCCAAUCCGAUCGUCCUGCUGGUUCGGCUUUUGAUCGUCGUGAAGAAUCUGCAAUAAUCCCUUCUCAGGUCUUCUUCUACACCCUCGUUCUUCAAUACGCGGCGACGCGAAACGGAACUCGCAACUACUUCGACGAAGAAGACACCGGGUCUUCUGUCCACGAAGAGGUGCUCCUUGUCUUUUUUUUUCUGUCUUUCGAUCCCCUGUUCCCUUCAUUGUCCUUGUCGUUCUUAAAAGCUCUCAAUAUGAUGAGUUAUCGGUUUCAUUCUCGGUUUUGGGUGGUGGAAUAGAUUUUCUUUUUUACUUAUCUCGAAAUAUUUUCAAAGUGGUGUAUAUGAAUGAGCGCCCAUCUGAAUUUUGUCUACAAAAUCUUAGAAAAUGUAAUUUUUUUUCUCAUGGUUCGAUUUUAAAUUGUGGUGUUUAUCUCUACGACUUAGUUUCUGACGGAAGCAAGAAAUCUAUUAGGUUCAAAAUUUUCUGCAUAUUUCAAAAGCUUCUAGAAAAUUUUUUAGCCUUAUCACUGAGUUCUAAUCUAAAUUUCCACUGCUACUUCAUGUUUUCCAUUUUUUUUUUUCACAGAAAUAUCCAAUAUUCAAUCUUCCUUCCUUUUUUCUAGCCUUCCAUUUUUUUUUAAUGUUUGGCUGCUCACCACUAACAUACCAAAAAAUAGCUCUACAAAAAUAUUUUCGAGCAUGUGUUUGUCUACUGUGUCUUAUCGUCGCGCAAGUGCUUUUGCUUUGAAAAUAUGUUUCAGAGGUCUUUUUCCGAGGUCCUCUAGAUUUUGCAUCCCGAAUGUGUAGAGCGGCAAAGUGAAGGUGUUGUUUGAUUUGUAGAGGUUGGCGUCCGGCGGAACGGUGGAUACCGUGGUCGACGACGCGAUUUCCGUCGCCUCGACUUCUGCCGGCUCGAGUAGCGGCCGACAACGCGGAACAACUUUGGUGGGUGGGGCGUGGAUCAAUUGCACUUAACUGAAUGAAAUGAAUGCGUCGAACUCUGUAGUCACUGGCCGGAGACUUUUUUUUCGGAUGGGUUUUGCUUUUAGAGGAGGUUUGUGUGCAUGUCGUCGCUUAUUGUUCUUUGCUUUGCUUGCGCUUCAUAGUUUGAAAAGAUUCCACAGGAAUAGGGCAGAGAAUCGGUACUAGUCUUAUUGAGCUGAAUAUGUUUUUGAAAUCGAAGCCUACGGUAUGUCUCGAGUCACUUUAGAGGUUUCUCGAAAGAGUUUAGAUUUUUACCUAGAAAAAAGUACUGAUCGAGAACCAGAUAAAAAAACGUCAUAUUUUUCUCAACAUGUACAAGUUUUUGAAAGAAAAAAUACUUUUUCGAUUUGUUUCGUAUAUUUAUGUCCAACGGCUUGUAUUGAAAGAAAGAAAAGUAGAAACGAAAAAAAAGUUUUUUGGACGUUAUGUUUUCAAAAAAUUUUCCGAAAAAAUUAUGGUCUAGGAACGUCUUUUUUUGACUUCGCUCUGCUCUUUCAAUGCCACUGAAAAAACGUUAAUACCUUAAGAUAGAUUUUUUUAACAAAAAGCAGAAAUUUCCUGGUUUUUACCGCCAGAUCAUUUUAUGUGCUCAAAAUCGUGUAAAACCCGAUUUAAAAAGACUAAAAAUAAUAUUCUUAAUAAGUGAAAAAUGAAAACAGCUUUUUUUCUAACAGAAUUUCUUAACUUGCUUGAUGUUACGGGGAAGGGAACCACGGCUUCUCGAGCUUUGUCACUCAAGAACUGCAAAUAAAUAACGGAAGAGCUAAAUUACUGUUUUCAGCUCUUGGCAAGUCCUGAUCAUGGCGAGGACGAAGAUCCGUCGCGAGAACGAGCUCAGGGAGAGGCUGGAGACGGGAUUCCACUCAAGAAGGUCACCUCCAAGAACAUCGACCGCAGGAAGAUCAGCCACAUCUUCAACGGUUCGUAUACCUUUUUCUCCAAAGCUUUAGGCAGUUUUUAAAAGAAGAUAUGAAAGGAAUAUGAACCAUUUACGUCCUCACAUUACCCGGCGUAAAAGUUGAUGCUUAUAACCUCAAUUUUUUUGGAUUGGCGCUGAUAUUUUUGAUAAGCCCGGUUCUAUUGCAGCACCUGGAGAGGAAGAAUCGGCGGCUUCAAAAGGAAUGGUGGCGAUUCUCUCCCUCCUCGUCUACCAUGCCUACGCCCUAGCUCUAGCUUCGAUGAUGGUCUGCGACUUCAGAAUAAUACCUUUUUGACCUGAAUAUUCGCAGGUGUGGGCUCUCCUUUACCACUCGGUCUUCAGUCUUUGUCUUCUGAUUCUGACUUGCGCCGUUUGGAUCUUCCGUGAUUCGCGCGGCGUUUCUUUCAAAUUGGCUCCGCUAAUCAUCUUUUACAUCGAGGUAGAGGAAAACAAACCAGAUAGCUGAAAAUUUCGAUCAUUUGCAGUUCCUGCUGCUGCUACAGUAUGUGCUGUGCAUGGAGAUAACCGAGGUGACAAAGCAGUUCACCUGGAUGGAAUGGAUGGGAAUCUCCUUGACCAAAGACGCCGUCCACGCCAUGGUCAACCUCGUCAUCAAGGUCGAGAGGAGUGUUUAAAGCGGAAAAAAUGAACUUUAGUCCGGAAAAGAAAACGGGUUCAAAGGCCAAGGUGCAAGCAUAUCAGUGUCGAGUUUCCCUGUCUAAAAAUUUCAAAAAAACUAAUGAAAUAAAAAAAUUUAAUCAAGAGUUUUCAGAAAUUAUCUAAUUCGUUUAAUUUUUGAAUUUGACUUAUAAUUUAAAAAAAUUUUUCAUUGAACUAUUCCUUUAGAGCCAGAGAAAAACCCUUUUCCACGUGUUUCUUUUUUUCAGGUUAUUUUGGAGAAACAUUUCAUUAUUUCGAGAACUUUUUUAUUCAAAUCGUGUACUUGUUUGGAAAGAAGCUUUUUUUUUUUGCUCCCAAUCAGCUUUCCUCGUUGUUUCCUUGUUCCGAUGUUUGCCUCACUGUGUUUUGCAGAGAAUUAUUUAUUUCGAACAGUUCUAUUUUUUGAGAAAGCUAUAUCUUUAAACAAGUUUCACCAUUUUUUGAGUCGCAUUUCUCGAAGUUUCACGCUCUGCAGAAAUAUGUGAUCUGAGGCAAAAAAAAAGUGUGAACUUUUUUCGUUGAGGACAGCUCUAGUUUAUUAGAGAUUUGCAAAAUUUUUGUAAAGAACUCGUGUCGAAUUUCGAGCUGCUUGAGCCUCAGUUGUUAUUCUUCGCUUUCCUUGUGUCUUGACGCGUCAUGACAAACGAUUCGACCUAAUUUUCCUAAAAUUUAUUCAAUUUGAUCAACGAAAUGUUUGUUCUUUUGGGAAUCGGAGCCGUUGUAAGUAUUUCUCUUGGCAACAUUUUUUUUUUUUUGAACUCGACCUUGGUUGAAAAUUUGAGGCAAUUACGUUUCUAUCAAAUUGACGUUUCCUGAAGUUUCCUUCUUUUAGUUUGCGAAAUUUGCAUAGAAAUUAAUUUUGAAAUACUAAUUUCAUAGAUAUCCUUCCCAUUUUGAGCCAUUUGUUUUAAUUUUCAGGUUUUCCUCAGUCUCCCCGUCUUCUUGCUGCUCCGUUUGAGCCGAAGAGAAAGGUCAGGGGAAAGGAGUCAAUAUUUCACUCAGAGAACGGUUUUACAGGUUCUACGAGUCUUUGUCAGAGUACGAAAGAGCCCGUCGCGCGAGUUCCUCUUAUGGAACUUUCAGUUCGGCCGGAAGAAGACCCAGGACCGCCAGUAUCGUGGUUCGUGAAGAUCGUUUGGUGGAAGACUUAGAAAAAGAAGUAAAAUCAAAUUACCGGAAAACGAAGAAAUAGGAAAAAGUCGGAUUGAAUAGUUUGCGUUGACAUCAUAAUAUUUACGAUAUGAAUGGAAGUAGACGCCUUGUAUGGUUGAAGGUCAGCAGAAGAUGUUUGCUUCUUCAGAUGCAAACAGACCUUUUUGUCUUCUGAAACACCUGUAUCACUUGCCGAUAGAUUUUCCACGCAUUGCAAUCAUAUUUUCUCAAGAAUUCCUUUCGUUUUAUGGCUGUCGAAGAUGUUCAAACGGGCUUCAAAACGUUUAUUUCUGAAUUGAAAAGAUUGAAAGUUGGUUUUUUUUUUUUGAAAUAAGAUAAAAGAUUUGUUCUAUCAGUUGGUUUUCACAGCCCUAAGGAAUAUGUUUUUAGAUCCAUAAAUAACCAAAGUCUAUGUAGUCAGAAUUUCUGUGAGUUUUUUCAAAAACUUCUAAAAGGCGAAGUUAGUUAUGAAGCAUAAAUCAACGAAAAUCUGAUUUCAAAUUUAUGGACUCGGAAAUUCGGGAAUGAUUUUGUUGAUUCAGACGAACAAAGGCACGGCGCUGGCCUGUGUCCUGCAGUACAUUUCCUCGCGCGUCGCCAUCUACUUCAUUUUUGUCGUUUCCCUCACUUUGCUCCUCGUCGCCACCAACUUCAAGCCUAAUUUCUACACGAUCGGCUUCUUCUGUAUUUGGGCACUCUCGAUCUUGUACUUGAAGGUUUGUCUUGUUCAUGCAUUCCCAAAGAAAGAAGGCAAAAUAUGGUUCCAAAGAGAUAAAAUCUGUGUUGCAAACCGGCCGUUUUUCGAGUGGCAAAUCCACUGGCCGGGUAUGAGCAUAUGAAGCGAGACACGGUUCCGACGUUACUUUGAGAGUUUUGCCGCGGUCUGUUUGUUCGGCGACUGGUUUCGACGGCAACCGAACGGCCUUUUUUGGCCUCGGGGGCUCUUCCUCAAACUUGGCAUUUAGUCGUCUGGCUCCUGCCUUUUAGGAAGUGACUUAGGUGUGCAAAUAUACUAAAAAAAAGAAAGUUUGUUUCUUGUUAGUUUUUCGUUGACAAACUGAUUCAUUUCCGCAUUUUUUCUCGUUGCAUUUUGCUUUCGGAAAAUGUGACAGCUUGGCGACUGAAUUUUUUUUUUCGAUUUUGCAGUUGAUUUCAAAACAACUUUUCUGUACAGUUCCAGCUUAUUCAUCACGCUGUAAACAUUAAAUGAAAGACGCCUUUUUAAGCCUCUCCAUUUUUUGUUUGUAAAAUUUGUAAAAGCUUUCUUAUGCGGAAGAAGUUUUCACUUUUUGUUUUUUCACAUUUGUUAGGUUCUGUAAAAGGAAUUUUUAGAUGUUCCUGGAAUUUUAGUGUUCAUAUUGGAUCGAAAGAGCUGGAAGUGAAAGCUCCAAAAUGUUGAUUUAUAGUAACCUUCAUGAAAAUAGGUAUUCAAAAUUUUACUGUUUACUGUCUUUUACUGUCUUGAAUUGGCUGCCUCAAGACUUUUCAGUUGUUGAACGUUGAAAAAAGAAAGUUGAGUCAAUAAAUUAAGUUUCCUCAGAGAACGUCUAACUAAAGCUAUAAAUUCAAGUUUCUAAUGAAUAAUGUUUUUUCGACGCAAAUUAAGAAGGAAAAAAACAAUAAAUAAAAGAGCGUUCCAACACAGAUAUAGUUCUUACUGGAAUUGAAGGGCUAUUCCUCAAAAUUGUAUUUCGUCUGAGUUUAAAUGAUAUUUCAUCUUCACACCAUCUCAAUGGACAUUCUAGGUAUCUUUCCGUCUGUUCCGUGGCGUCGCCUACGCAUUCUGGCUCUCUCUGACCGUUUACACCUCCGUGGUGAUUAUCGUCCUCUACGUCUACCAAUUUCCCGCCGUGAGUUGUUCUUCUACUUUGAAACGUAUUUCGGAGUAGAAAAAAAAGAGAGAAGUCGUACAAUUUUCGGUUAACAUGUGGUUAUUGGAAUUGUGCCACCUGCUGGGGCGUGCGCGUUUCUUUUGUAGGCAAAUGGUGUGAAAAACCUUCCAGUUCGUUUUUCACUUCUAUGGCGUUGAGUUGCGCAAAAGUUUUUGGGUCAUCCGUUUCCUUUUUUCAGUUGUUUCAUCUAUCUUUUUUUUUAUUUUGAUAAGGAAAAUUCGUUCGUUUUAUAUUUUGCGUUUUUGAUGAUUUCCAGUUUGAAACUUUUUUUAAAUUUAUUUUCUACGUUUAGGACAGAAAAACUAAGAGAAUAAAUUUCCGAGCUGCGUUUUUCAAGCUCAGCUCUCAGCAAAAAUUAUCACUUCAAUUCGAUUAAAUAGUUUUUUUCUAAAUUUGAAGCUUAAAAAGUAGACUUACCAGUUUUUCAAAAAUUUUUUUCUUCAUCGUUAGCACAGUUCAACUUUCUUUUACUGUACUCUGAAAUAAGGACACUUCAGACAGAAAUUUUGUCUUUUUUUAACAGGCUUGAUGCAUUUCUCACAUUUUCUUCACGAUAGUAUGGAAAAAAAAAAAACAAGAUGGAUUGGCGCUCGACGCUAUGUUUAUUGUGCUCAAGCACUAGUUUAUACGUCCAAAAGUUCUUGGGUGUCAAAAGGUUCGGCGACUCGGAAAGGCAACUUGACAUCUGGAAGCGGGAUAAACUGAACGCACACGUGUUGGAGAUGACCUUGGCCAGUGAAGCCGCGUCCGACGAUCCUUUUCAACGCAGAUUAUGCUGUAACCCCAUAAACGCUUCAUUUCGUGUUGUUCCCCUGUUUCCCAUUUCACAAGAACUUGGUUUGAAUCGAUAUUUGCAGGUAUCUGCAUGGUUCCAAGAGCAGACUCACCUGUCGCAGACGUGGCUCGAUGCCAUCGGACUUGUUGAUUACAGUGCGCUCGGCGAGUCUGGGUUUGUUUUGAAAUGAGAGGAUUGACCUGAGAUGUCAUGCCUUAGAAUAUUCAUUUUCACACUGAUCUGGGAUAUCCUUUUGUUCACUCUUAUUUUGAUAGACAUCAAAACUGACUUUCCAAUUUUAAAGAAACAUAAGGUAAACUUGUUCAAAGGUAAAUAGACCUAUAAAUUUUUCAGUGACUCACGGCGUUGGCUAAACUUUGAACAUUGAGAAAAAAAAAGAAAGCAUUUUGAAUUAUUUAAACUUCUAUAUAAGCCUCUAGAGUGACUACUUCCAACUAUUUUGCAGUUCCAAAAAAGAAAUUUAACCUUUCUACGAAGCUAUUUGGCUAGCUCACGCCUCUUUCAAGUUUUCAUAAAUUAUAAUGAUUUCGAGAAGUUUUGAGACCAUUUGAAAGGCGAAAAAUUGAUCAAUAAUGAUUUCAGUUAUAUUAAUUGUUUCAGAGCCUUGUUCCUUCGUCUUUUCGCACCGAUUUGCCUGUUUGUGGUGACGAUGCUGCAGUUGAAGUUCUUCCACGAUCCCUGGAUGUCUGCUGUUCAUCCUAACAGAAACCGCAAUGCGACUGAAACCGUCGAAGAGCUUCCCGUUUCAACUCCGCACAGUACGUUAUUUUCUUCAUAUACAGUGGUGAGCGAAAAUAGUUUGAGGUAGAUUUUCUUAAGAAAAAAGUUUAGUUGGGGUGCUGAAUUGGAUAGUUCUUUUCUAGAGAUACUGGAGGAGCAAGCUCACGAUAACUUUUUUCAACAAAGUCCUAUUUUUUUUUUAUAGAAGCUGAUUCAGAGCUAAAUCAAAUGAAUGAGAAAAUCUUGUUCGAAAAAAUUGUGUGUGGUUGAUUAUCUUAUCACUCUAAACUCAACGAGUAUAACUUUUAAUUUCUUAAAAGUGGCGAGUAAUAGAACUAGUAAUAGCCGAGAGUUGGGUCAAACGAUCGUAAACGCUAAUUUGUUUUGUCGCAUCCGUGUUUUUGUCAACUGACUGGAUCAAUAAGUUUUUCUGGAGACUGGUUAUUGGACUGUUUUCUCUAGAACAAUUGCCAACUCAAUAUAGCUUUUUCAAACUGAAAUUAAGAUUUCCUUCCAAGAGUCAACAGAUUCAGACUAUGUAAACUGAUGAAUGAUGGGAAAAUAUCAAAAAGUGUUUGAAAAAAUUUUGAAAAGAAUGGUCAAGUUCAAGAAAUAAUCGAGUUAGAGCGAAUCCUAUAACUGGACGUUUUCUGACUAGCCUAGACUAGGCCUGAAAUCCAGGGUGGUAAAAGUUUUUUAUUCAGUUUUUCUUUUUUUUUUUCAUCACACCGGAAAUUGAGCCCUUUUAAUUAUUAUCAUAUCUGCUGCGAGGUCUUUUUUUUCGAAGAGAACAUUUUUUGUCCAUUUGGACCUGUCUGCACCCUUGAGUGAGAUCAGCUGGAUUGAAAUGAAAGCUGGCUGAUUGACCGAAAAUCAAGAGGAGAGAUAGACCUUGGGUCAGCGGAACCGAAAUGGAUGAACUAUCAUCUGGCGCCUCCGCCGAAGACGUCGAUUUCAACGCGCAAUCUUUUCUCCCCACAAACACUUGCAUCGAUUCGUCACGCUACUAUUCAGCUGACUUGA